CCAUUGAGGUGGCAGGAAACGGUGCGUAUUCGCCACGUUUUUUUAGCAUCUCUUUUUCUCGAUUGUUCUCUGUCUUUUGUGUUUUAUUGCUUGUUUGGCUGCGAAGAAAGUGAGAGAGAUCAGGCAAAAAUGGCGUGUACGCACGACCACAGCUGCGAAGAUCACGAUUGUUCUUCUAAUUGGUCUCUUUACAAGCACAUCGACCUCGCCAAGGUUACCGCUUUAAAUGAGGCUAAUCCAGGAAGUGUUAAAUCGGUGUUUAAGGCUUGGGAGGAGCGAUUAAAUUCUUCUGGGGAACGCUUGGAAAGUAAUGAGGGUGAUCCUGAGUUACUUGUUUACAUUCCGUUUACAUCAGAUGUUAAGAUCAAGAGUAUAUCAGUUGUUGGUGGUGCUGAUGGAACAAGUCCUUCCAAGCUGAGAGUAUUUAUAAAUCGAGAAGGUAUUGAUUUCUCUGAUGCUCAAAGCAUGCAACCUGUUCAGGAGUGGGAAUUGGUUGAAAAUCUGCAAGGAGUGUUAGAAUACCAGACAAGGUACUCAAAGUUUCAAAGUGUGGCAAAUAUUACAUUGCAUUUUCCCGAGAGUUUUGGUGGUGAUACAACCCAAAUUCACUACAUUGGUUUUAAAGGCGAAGCCACACAGUUAAAAAGAGAUGUUGUUGCAACGAUUGUUUAUGAAAUUACGCCCAAUCCUUCUGAUCACAAGACCCGGGCUGAAACUGGUGGACUUUCUCAUGUGGAAUAAAGAAUCUGUCGUGGCUCUGGUUGUUAUUGUCAAGAAUCUGACCACUCCUUUUGAACAUGCUAUGGCGAAAAUUAUACUAAUGUUAUGAUAGUUAAUUGAGAACCCCGGCCCUUGCCUAUUGGGUUAUUAUGCUAUUUGGCUUCCAUCAUGUUCCAAAGAUUGUGUGCUUUCAUAGUUCAUAUAAUGUGGGGAGGAUGAUUUCCAUUUGUUAUUACAUUAUGCUUCAGCUUUGGGAGCCUUCUGAUUAA